GCCCCAUCGAAUUGAUUGUUCUCACACACACCCUCACCCACCUCCCUUCUCCCUCUCUUUCCUCCACCCCAUCCCGUUCUUCUUUCGGCAGCAGCACCAGCCAGUCAUGACGCACUCCUACCCCCUCUUCUGCAUGGGCAACCCCCUGCUCGACAUCCAGGUCAAGGCUGACGAGGCCCUCCUCGCCAGGUACAACCUCAAGUCAAACGAUGCUAUUCUCGCCGACGAGUCCCAUCUCUCGCUCUAUGAGGAGAUUAUCGAUUUCAAGGAUGUCGUCUACGUCGCUGGCGGCGCCAGUCAGAACACCGCUCGCGGUGCCCAGCGUCUCUUGCCCCCAAAGUCGGUCGUCUAUGUCGGGGCCACUGCCCAGGACGUUUUCCGCGACCAGCUCGUUGCUGCUGCUACCGUUGAUGGUCUCACCACCGAGUACGUGACCAUCCCCGGUGAUCUCCCUACUGGCACCUGCGCUGCCCUGAUCUCGGGCCACGACCGCUCCCUCGUCACCAAGCUGUCUGCUGCCGAGAAGCUGACUGUUGACCAUGUCCGUAGCGACCGCGUUUGGAACUUGGUCAAGGGCGCCCGCGUCUACUACGUCGAAGGCUUCUUCCUCACUGUCACCCCCGAGGGUAUUCUCGAGAUUGCCAAGCACGCUGCCGCCGAGAACAAGAUCUUCACCAUGAACUUCUCUGCGCCCUUCAUCCCCCAGUUCUUCACCAAGGUCCUGGAUGAGGUCCUUCCUUAUAUGGACGUUGUCUUUGGUAACGAGGGUGAGGCUGAGGCCUAUGCUCUGGCUCAUAACUUGCCCGACCCCAAGGACAUUAAGGCCAUUGCCACCUAUAUUGCCAAACUUCCCAAGGUCAACACCCAGCGCGAGCGCCUCGUCGUCUUCACCCAGGGUGUCAACAACACCAUCGUCGUCAAGGCCGAUGGCACUGUUCAGGAGUACCCUAUCAUCGCCAUCCCCGAGAACGAGAUUGUCGACUGCAACGGUGCUGGAGAUGCCUUCUGCGGUGGUUUCGUUGCCAAGCUGGUCCAGGGCGCUGACAUUGCCACUGCUGUCGCCAAGGGUCACUACCUCGCUCACGAGGUCAUCCAGCAGGUCGGACCCACCUACCCUUCCAACCUCAACUUGGACUAGACUCAUCAUAUGCACGCCAUGUACAUGUACAUAUCAUAUAGCCAAUAAAUUCGUCCUGCUUAUGUGAAUGAAGUGCCACCAGUUCUUGAAAAACCUUGAUCAGUGACUGCCCAACUAUCCCAAUUGAACCAAUUAACCAACAAGAGCUGGC